CUGCUUGGUAACAGUCACUCAGGUGCUGUCGUAAAGUCAGCCCCGCCUCAGGGUUUACGGCAGACGAUUGGCGGCAAAAAUGUAAAUACUAACGGUCGCUGACCCCACCGACCCAGUACCGUCUGUCUGAGGACCUGAGUGGGACUUGUCUGCUGUAUUCCUUUGAGCCCGGCAUGAUGACUGAAGUGUCCAGAACUGCACAGAAAGCCUGCGAAGAAGCUGCUCCAUGUGGAAAAAAUUUUGACCUGUGUGGCAGUCAGACCCGGAGAGAAGGGAUAUCAAGUCUCACAGAGACCAAAGAAAGGUGUUGGGAAUUACAAAGUGUGAGGAGGGUCGAGACCUCAUCCAUCACAGCACCGCUACACUAUCAGGUUCAGACAUCAUUUCACAUCAUGAAAGCUAAGUGUGCCACACAGUUUACACUCAGAGGAUAUUCCACACACUGUAGUGGAAGUAGAAGUAGGUUGUUAAUUAAACCAUCAUGUGACAGCAAACAUCUGUCCUGCUGAAGUGUCCCAGUAACAAUGCAUUGUGUGUUAUCUUUAUCCCAAAGUCUUAUAGAUAACAAAUUAAGUUAGACAAGUUGAUCUUUGACGUAAACAAAGAAUCAAAAGCAGAACUUUUAUUCUCUUGAUGUUGAAUCAUCUUACCAGCAUUUCUGCACCAACAACAAUGAUCAACACGACAGAAGAGUUUCAGUGCAACGUGAAAUAUAAACAUAGAUUUCUCUUCUUUGUCGAACGAUGAUUGAUUCUGCAGAUUGUAGUCAAACUUGAACUUUAUUAGAACCGUGAUGAGACUUGGUCAUCUGAAACUUGAGGACAGGAAAUCUGUCUUUCUCUUUCUUUCUGUUAGUCUGUUUCUGUCGCUCACUCUGAAUGCCUGACUCCACAGUCCUCCUUAUUUUGUCUGUUUCUUCUUGACGGUAUCUGUGUUUUCACUCCCACCUCUCAUCUCCUCUGUCUCACAGACACUUUGUCUGAAGUAAUCCUCUUUGGCUUUACACAUGGAAGAGAAACAAUAUUGCUAAAUAACAUUACAUAGAGGAUGUAAUCAGAAUCAUCAGCUCAUAAUGAAUUCACACAAAAAAGUUUUCCCUCAUGUGUUGAACACUACAAAUAUUAGCAUUUACUAACCAGCCGCCCAGAAAAAGAAAUCAUUAGAGACAUUAGCCCUCCACUUCUGCCUCGAUCAGCUCAUCUCAGACACCACCUGUGAGUUUCUACACAAGCUGAAUCAGUCAGUUAUAGAACCAGUAGUCCUGAAACGUGUAAACAGCCACCAGAUGAUAAAAACUGAUAAACCAUGAAGUGGUCAAUGUGUCCAAGAACAAGGAAAGAGAACAAGGAAAGAAACCAGAUGGACAAAUAAAGAGACAAACAUCAAGUUUGGGAAAUGGACAAAAAAGACAGAAACAGACUGAGCUGAAAUUAAAUCCUUGAAUAAAAAAACACAUCCUCAUCCGUCCGUCGGUUCCCACAGAGAGAAGGUGAAGGGUUGGUUCAUGACUCGUGUGCCCUCAGUUAUUCCUGAUAUCAGCCUGAAUAGAAGAGAGUAUACAGACAUCAGCAGGACACAGAACUGGACAGCACAGAGAUGUCUUUCAACAUGUCGUCCUAAAUAAUCCUCUCUGACAUGCUGGGAUGACUGCAGCUGAAAUUUUGAAAUGUUUUUGGCAUAUAGACAUUCAAAGAUGAUAACCUUUUAUUGGAACUGAUCUGAUUUCAAUUGCGUCAUAAACAGUAAAGUAAAAUAAUAAGAAAAGCAAGAGAAAAACAAAGUUUAUCUGAAUUACCACUGAGAAGCACCCAUCCUAAACCCUUAACUACUCCAGACUGUCAAACAAAGAAUAAUCCUGUGGCAACACCAGCCUCUGUCAAAACAAAAGACUCUUCCAAAUGAACUAUUUCAGUACAAGCUGAGAUCUACUGGAUGGAUCAAUAUAUACUAAAAGUAAGAGCAUGAAGUCAUGGCUCUGGUGUAUUUGAUGUACAAGUGGACAACAGGGCAGACAGUGACCCUUGACAUGCAUGUGAUUCAUAUCAUACAGUCCAUGAAUUUUAGCCUUUGUGAAGAUGCUGGUGAGAUGUUGGCAUGUUACAGGUGACCUGCUCACUGCUAAUCAAUCCAACUCCACUCACCUGGUCUAACAGCUGCUCCUGAUCAACUAUUAACCUCGUAUAUACCCCGACAUCACAGACACUCAUGCAAGACUCCAUCACUCUCCUCCGGCUGAUUUCCUGUUGCUGACCCUGGCUGCCUCUGACCUGCCCGUCAUGUCUGCCUUCAGUCCCUGAACUUGGGAUUUUGUUGUCCAUUCAUAUUUUGCUUGUGGCUGUCAGGUGUUACCACUCUACGACAGCGCUGCAGUGUGGGUUUUUCCUGCAGUCCAGAGACUUUGACUCUGUCUCCACAUUUGCCCUUCUGCGUCCCACGAAGACACACCUGCUGGCUGUCCAGUCCUCUGCCUUCACAAUUACCUACUACUACUACUACUAGUCACCUGCCGGCUCCUACAUGAGUGAAGCAGGACAGAUGAGAGGCAGUGAGAAGAUCUCCCAUGAUGCCCAGAGCAUGGAUGUGUUUAGAGGACAAAUUAAAAUCUCCAUCUGCCAGUUGCUGACUCAGUAUGAAUGACCAUACAAGGCAUCCGGAUUUACUUCAGGACUGAAACAUCAGUCAGGAGAGAAGAUUACAGCAGCCAUUAGACUUCUGUUAGAGCUCUUUCUUUUUCUUCUAUCUGCUCAUUUCUUUCCGUCAGUCAACAGUUUAGUUUCUUUCUCUGCCAUCUCUUCCUCUGUUUGUCUAUUUCUCUUAUCUUGCAUUCUUUUCUUUUUGCCUUUAACCCUCUCUCUCUUUCUUUUCUCUUUCUUUUUCUGGCUACUUCUUAUUCCUUCUUUCCUUCCUCCCUCCUUUCUUUUCCUCUCAGCCCACAAAUAGAGAGGGUACUCUAAUAGACCUCCCUCAGGUCUCCUGUCCCUCCACUCCUCCCUCUCCUCCUCCUUCCCCUCUUCCCUCCCUCGCUCAUUCCUCCUUUUCUCAGCCAGCCCCAGAUAAGAAGGGGGCAGAAGUAUUUCUCUUCAGCCACUUCUGAAACUGGAGCCACCAGAGAAGGAUGAGAGGAAGAAAAGACUCUAUUUUUCUCUUUUCUUUUGUAUUUAAUUCCAGGACAUUUAAGAUUUAGAGGUCCAUUUAAAUCUCCUUUGGUUUUAAUUUUUUUUUUUUUGUCUCACACUCUCACCUUGCAUUUUAAUUGUCUUUUCCCUGUCUUGGACAUUCAUUAUCCUCCAAUACUGUUUUUUGCCCACAAUCUCUGUUUACACACUUAACUUUCUCCCCAUCCAUAUUUUAUCCUGAGUGGGUCUGAACCUGCUGCUGAUGCAUUAAGGACAGGAGGAUAUUUCAAUAAAUCAUGAGGAACCUGCCUAGCGUCAAGCCAAUGGACCCAUCCUGAAAAAUCUUCAUCAGCAAGAAGAUCCCAACCACAGAGAACAAAAUCAAGACCCAAGAAGGAAAGAAGGAUUAGGAGAAGACAGCGGCUGCAUCCUGACUCAUCUGAUGUACAGUUUCACCACGAGUGAGGAGGGAGAAGAUUCAGUGUGAGACCACAGAACAGGUGUUGCUCUCCGUUUCUGCAUUUCAAAAGACAUCUGAGCUAUAAGAAGUUAUCUCCUCAAGUUCAGCAGUACAAACUAAACUAAUCAGAUCUCAUGGAUUGACAGAUUGGUGCAGAUGUUUUCAUAAAGUGAAUUGGGGUCAAAGCCUAAACGAGCCUCUCACACUGAGAGAAAACACUUUAAUACUGUAGAAGAGAGCGUCAUGAAAGGCUUAAAUCUCAUCCGAGGUCUGCUGGUGCUUCUGCUGCUUUGGACCAUGUUACUUAUCGUUGAUGCCGCCGGUGUUGGGAGCGCAGAACGAGGAGGAGCUGGAAGAAGCCAGAGAAGAGGAGGAGGUGGCGGCGGCAGCAGUGGGGACAAGAAAAGGAGGUUUCACCGCAUCCAACAUGGCCAGUGCAGCUACACCUUCAUCUUGCCCGAGCUGGAUGGAUGCCAGGGCGGAGGAUCGGCGUCGCAGACUGACCAGUACGGUGGCUCUCGUGGCGGGGCGAGUGUGGUGCAGAGGGAUUCGCCGCCGGCUGACGGUGACUGGUCGGCUCAGAGGCUGCAGCACCUGGAGAGCACGAUGGAGAACAACACGCAGUGGUUACAGAAGCUGGAGAACGUCAUUCAGAAGAAAAUGAAGCCGGACAUCGCUAACAUACCGCCACACGUCGUCCACAACCAAACUGCCACCAUGCUGGAGAUCGGAACAAACCUCCUGACGCACACGGCGGAGCAGACUCGCAAACUCAACGUGGUGGAAGCAAAGGUGCUGAACCAGACGUCUCGUAUAGAGAUCCAGCUGCUGGAGAACUCUCUGUCGACCAACAAGCUGGAGAAGGAGCUGCUGCUGCAGACGACUGAGAUCAGCCAGCUGCGAGCCAAGAACAGUCGUCUGGAGAGUAAAGUUCAGAAGUUGGAGUCCCAGCAGAGAGGAGAGCUGGAGGGCAUGAAGGAGGAGAAGAACAGGCUGCAGUCUGUCGUCAGGACUCAGAUGGCGGCCAUCGAUGCUUUAGAGAGGCAGCUGAGAGUCGCCAGCAGCAACAACACGGCUCUGCAGAGGCAGCAGGCGCAGCUGAUGGAGUCGGUCCACACGCUCAUCAACAUGGUGGCCACGACCACAGGGUCACCACCGAGGACCCAGAUAUGGAGGGACUGUGCCGACGCAUACAAGUCGGGUUACUCUGUCAGCGGUCUGUAUCACAUCUACCUCGGCAACAGAUCUGAACCUGUGCAGGUGUACUGUGACAUGGAGACAGCUGGUGGAGGCUGGACCGUCUUCCAGAGGAGAUUUAACGGCAGCGUGGACUUCCAGAGGAGCUGGAGGGAAUACAAAAUGGGCUUCGGGGACGUGUUAGGAGAACACUGGCUGGGUAAUGAAGCUCUGUUCCUGCUGACCAGUCUGGGUCAGUACUCUCUCAGGGUGGAGCUGAAGGACUGGGAGGGAAACCCCGCCCACUCCCAGUACGACCGAUUUACACUGACCAAUGAGAGGCAGCAGUACAGGUUGUAUCUGAGAGGUUACAGCGGGACAGCAGGGACUCAGAGCAGUCUGGCCUCUCAUGGGACCGGCUUCAGCACCCGAGACCAGGACAACGACAACUGUGACCACUGCAAGUGUGCCCUGAUGCUCACUGGAGGUUGGUGGUUUGACGCCUGUGGUUUCUCCAACCUGAACGGUAUUUACUACACGGUCGGCCACAACAUCAGGAAGCUCAACGGGAUCAAGUGGCACCACUUCAGAGGCCCCAGCUACUCCCUGCGCUCCACCUCCAUGAUGGUACGACCCUAUGACUUCUAACAACACCCCUACGCCUCUGUGAUGGUGCGACCCACUGGCUGUCAAUGCAACUCCAACAUGCCGUCCUGAUGAUGUGAAACACCUUCUCAGCUUCAGCUCCGUGAUGGUUUGACCCUCCACCCCACUGCCCUGAUGGUACAGUCCCGCAGCUUCAGACAAACCCUCCCCCUCGCUACAACUCUGACUUCAGAGGAUGCUGUUUUGUUUCAUUUUACGUCUCCUCUUUGAGACUUUGUCUUCAUAACUGAUCCUGGAUGGAAGUUCUCAAGUUGUUGCAAGGUAAAAGUUUUUAUAGUUGAAAAGUUGCUUUGAUUUAGCACUUUUGUCCAACGCACACACUCCACUUACUCAUUCACACGCUAGCAGCUACCGUACGAGGUGCUCGUCUAAACAUCUGGAGCACUUCGACACGAGGAGGCUGUGAUCCAUCACCGACACUUUGAUUAGUAGACGAUCCGCCCCAGACAGCCACAUGAAGGUGGACUGAACAGCCGGCCAUCAGAGAGGAAGGAGACUUGACUGUAUGAUAAGUAUGAAGAUGAAGGUGCGAUGUCUUCCACACGACAUUCAAAGUGUUGCACUUGUUUUUACUUACAAAAACAUUGAGAAAACUGAUCACUGCAUGAAGUGGGUGUAAAUGUCACAUUAUCGGUUUUAAAGUAGUUACUGAAAUGAUCAGAUACUGGGUCCCUCAGGUCUGACGGUGGAGUGUGAAGGGACGGUGUUUCCCAACUCAUUUAACCUCUGAUGGAGCAAACUGGCAGCUUCAUGGAGCAGACAGUAAUGACUCUGAAGCGUCUCUUGGAUCAGACAUCGUUUGAUUCACAGACUUCAGAAUACCUCUGCAGUUAGUAACCAUGAAGUUCAUCACACUUGACAUGAGAACAUUCCUCUAUGAGUCCUUCAGCUGGUAAUCAGGUUCUAGUUCUUCUUUGGCCAACAUUUUGUGACGAUUUGGUUUUGCUGAAAAACAUCUUAAGACACAUCUUGGUGACAGAAAAUCACGUCAUACUGUCCUCCAUCACCUUUCAACAUCUCUCCUUACCAUACGAACUCUGUGGGAAUCAGAAACACUGAAAAGUUUGGACAUCCCAACAAACGUUUCGGUCACGAGUCCUGAAGGAGAAUUGAGCAGAUGAACAUGUAAACCUUUCCAUCAGGUGAGCUCUGGUGCUCGAACCAGCCAGCGAUUCCACCAGUUUUGAGUUGUACCGUUGUAAUAAAGGAUGCAUCAUCAGCAGAGGAUGGAGAAUAAGACGUGCCCACUGUGUGUGAUUGGUAUCACAAUAUUUGGUGCGUGAACUGGAACCUGUUCAGUAUCGGUGGAAAUAUCCCACAGAGGACGUGAAGAGAGGAAGUUCAUGUCACCUUUCUGUUGCUUCAGUUUACGGAUGCAGACGAUCAGUGUGGAUCAUCUUUCUGUCUGUGAUGUACAAAAUGCAAAUAGAAAAAGAGAAAAACAGGUAACAGCACCGAGGAUGUUUAUAUGAACCUGAGCUGAGGUCACUGUUUUCAUUGUGUAUAAAACUAAAGUAGUUGAACAUGAAAAAGUGAGAUUCUGAUAUACACAAGUUAUUACACAAUUAAAAAGCAAUGGACUGGUGUGGAUCACUGAACAGCUUGAUGCUUUUAACUUCUGAUGAAGCCAAUCAUCUAACUUCUAAUGUUCGUGCAUGUUAAUGAACUUUUUGUGGAAGUGGUGUGUGAAUCUCUUUAGUGUCAAAGCUUCAAUGAGGAUCAAUCUGAAGAUUUUCUUCUUUGAACCACACGAUAGUUUCCGUUUACGAAUGUUUAAGAUCAGCCAUGAGGACAAAUGACGGCUCAUGUGCUCCUGACUGUGUUUACUGUUAACCAGAGCUAACAGACUUGUAGAUAACAAAGGAAAACAGUGGAAUAUUUGCAGGACGGGACAUGGAGAUGGAGACACUUGGACAUCAUGGUUUUGAUUACUGUUCAGAAGAGAAACAGCGAGCAGGCUGAAUUUUUAUGAGGAGAUGUAAUCACAUUGUUGAGCAGAAUGCCAGAGGUUUGACACAGCAACACUUCAAAUCUUGAUCAAUAAACUGUAGCCUCUGAAUUUUUAUCAAGAAAGAAGAAGAAACAAAACGCUAAGAAUUAUCUUUACUCAGUUGUUCUAUGUUAAAAGUCAGAACAGUGAGCAGGAAAGAAGGACAUAAACAAAAGAAGAAAUGAAAGCAGUCGAGGCUGAAACAGAAAUGUUGCUUUAAUUAUCUUCCUAAUCCAAACAGUCUGAAUGUGAUCGUCUCCCUGUUUGUUGCUGGAUUCUGUUUUGUUCAGCAUGCGCAGCCACACUGUGAUGACACUCACAGACAUGAGAUGAGUUACAGGACAUAUUGAUUUUAUUCAGAGCUUGUUAUCAUAUAAACCGUCUGUCUCACACACACACACACAAAAAUUACAGAUACAGAGAUUUUACCAACAGAAUUUUAUGUUGUGACAAAGAGUAGACCAGAAAACUGAGAAAACACAGAGGAGUUGUGUUAUAACUCGUGUAUCAUAAGCAGGUAACUGUUCACCUGAACUGAAUGCGUCUGUUACACAAAGACAGUCGGCGUUCGAUUAUAAUAUAUAACUGUUGGAAAAGAGCUGAAGAACCAGGAGCACAGCGCAGAUGGUCUGUUCAUGGUCAUUUUAUAUAAAUUGAUCCAAUAUUCUGCUUGUAUUACAAUGUCAAUAAUGUCAACAAGAAAUAUAUGACUGCAAGAAAUAAAUAAAAGUAUAAUGUAAACCUGCUAGCAGCUGUUUGAACCUCGCUGCUUGAAGCUAAACGCUAACAUCCACACUUGCUACAUCAGGCUGAGUUAAAGAGGAUGAUGAUCUGAGUUAACUGUGAAUCACUCUCCUCAACACCCCCGACUCCAUAACGACCAUCACAUCACACACACAAGAAUGUGAUGGUGAAAUGAUUUUUGAUUAAACUAAAUCCAUAAUAUUUGUUUUACUAUGAAAUCAGGUGGUUACAAAAUAAUUACAAAUCUGGAGCACAGCAAGAGAAACAGUUAAAAACAGGGAAUGUUGUGUUGACGGGAAUGCUAACAUUUGCUCAUUAACACCUAUUGUGAUGUCACUCGGUUUGUGGGUCACUGGACUGAAACUUUAACUUAAGGAUCAGGGGCAUCGUCAUCUUGGGGGUUUUUUUUGGACCUAUAAGUGACCAUAUGUGGAUGAGAGGGUGGAGCUGGGGAGGAUAAAUGAACAUCAUGCUGAGUGGAAGAAGACUUGAAACUAGAGACGGAGACCAUAAAGUCGUUGGGAAAACUGUUAAUCGAGAGAGAAGUAGGAUCACUUCUUCAUAAUAUUCCAUACAGUCAGAUUUGUUUUUGGAACCAGUGGAGUCGCCUCCUGCUGGACAUUAUAAGUACUGACAAAUUAAAAGAAUAAAAGGAAGAAACAAAGUAAACCAGCCCGAAUGACUCAAGUUUUCUUAAUGUGACUGAUUAUUAUCCUGCAACAUUCUCCUUUACAUCAUCAUCAUCAAUACAGUUUUGUAUUUGAAGCCUAUAAACUUCUAUGUCAGAAUAAACAAGUCUGUACUUCAUCUUAUUAAAAUGCACUUUAUGGAACAGGAGGUGGUGAAGUUUAGGACAGAUGGAGUUUAAUGAUCGUUGCUCUCAUUGUUACAGUGUUUUGUUGUGUUGAAGCCGUUUUAAAUACUGCAAACAUCGACAAAUUACAACUUUUCAGAUUUAAACACAUUUUAUUAUAUUUACUGUGAUGUGUAGCAAAGCUUGUCCACUCAGCUGCCAACAGUCUGCAGAAUUCUGUACAAUGAAAUAUGUUAAUAAAGCUCGUCUAAGGUGGUAUUA